AUGGUGACCCUCAUCUGCAGCGUGACCGUGACCGCCCUCUGGCCUCCCAGGAGAAGCGUUCAUGUUGUCCGUCAGCAACUGCGCCGCUUCUCCAACAAGUUCGAGCUCUACGCGAACGCGCCCAUCCCCGCCAACAAGCGCAGGUUCGUGCCCGACUCGGGCUUCUAUCCAAAGGGAUUCUCCGUCGCCAGCAUCAAUGCCGGCAUCAACAGCACGAAGAGAACCCGGCCGGACUUGACCAUGGUCAAGUCCGACGUGCCGUCUUGCGGGGCGGCGGUUUUCACUCGGAAUAAAUUCCCCGCCGCUUCUGUCACGGCGUCGCGGAAACACCUCUCGGCGACCAAGGGGAACGGACUUCGAGGCGUCAUCGCGAACGCCGGGUGUGCGAACCUGUUCACUGGCCAGGCCGGGCUGGACGAUGCCGCAGCCAUGAUGAAUACGGCCAACGAGCUGUUGGUGUCACCAUCUUCUGCCACCGUAGCUGUUGGGGAGACACCGCCUUCCGUGAUAGUCAUGCAUACUGGUAAGGGGGGUGAGAGGCUUCCUAUGGAUAAGGUCCUCCAAAGCAUCCGACACCUCCCCGAUCGCAUGGGAAAUUCACAUCAGCAUUGGCUGGGAGCUGCUGAGGCGAUAUGCACCACCGACACCUUCCCCAAGCUCGCCUCUCGACAGUUCGAAUUGCCCUCCAACCCGGGUAUCGUCUAUUCCAUGGCCGGGAUCACCAAGGGCGCCGGCAUGAUUCACCCCAACAUGGCCACGACGCUGGGCAUCAUCUGCACGGAUGCUCCCAUCCUGGCUUCGGACCUACAGGCACUCCUCGCGGACGCCACAGACAAGACGUACAACUGCAUCUCCAUCGAGGGAGACACGUCGACCAACGACAUGGUCGCCAUAUUCGCGAACGGUGCCGCGGGCGGGAAGACGAUCGGCCAAGACGCGGAACGCUCGACAGAGGCGGCGGCCCGGGACGAUUUCCGCGCCUUCAAGCAGGCCCUGGACGAGCUCAUGACGGAGAUGGCGAAGCUGGUCGUGCGAGACGCCGAGGGAGCGACCAAGUUCAUCACAAUCCGCGUUCGGGGCGCGUGGUCGCCCGCCCGCGCCAGGCGCGUCGCCGGCGCCGUGGCCCGUUCCGUCCUGGUCAAGACGGGCGUCACGGCCGGCGACCUAAAGAACUGGGGCGGGACCGUCCUGGCGGCGGUCGGAUCCUCGCUGCUCGACGUUCCCGGGCCCCGGGACCACGAGCUCGGAGACGGCCCUGAUCCAGAGGCGCUGCGGGUGGACGAGAGCCGAGCCAUCAUCCCGGAGCGCGUUUCGCUGAGCGUGUUGCCCGUCGGGCGUCUGGCGGCCACGGAGAGGCCGGUGGUCGUGCUCCGGAGGGGCAUGCCGAUGGACGUGGACGCGUCGGCGGCCAGGGCUCUGCUCGAGCAUGAAGAUAUUGAAGCGCUCAUUGAUAUGGACGAUGCCGAUUUGGAUGACGAGAAGGAUGGGAGGACGUCUCACAAACAGAAAUAUGAGGCAGUUUACUGGACAUCAAAUCUGACGCAGGACUUUGUCGCUGUGAACGGCGGAUAG